AUGAAAAUGUUAGCUUGUGUGUGCCAGCCUACGGAGACGGCUUUGUUAUUCAAAGGAGGGCCACCAGUCGCUAUGGGACCAUUAGGCACAGGGAAGAUAAGACACAACCCCACAGAUGCCAUGAAGGCAUUAAAACUAUUGCCUAAGCAAGUAAGAAGAUUAAGUGAGGAUAAUUCAUCGCUCGGGUCCUCGCCGUCACUCGUUCAGUCCUCUGGGAGUUUAUUAAAUCUAAGGAAAAUCGAAAAGAAAGCUAAAUCUACAAAAAUCCUAGUGAAUCCCGUUUGCUCAGAUAGUGUCGGUACCAGCGAUGAAAGCAACCCCCCUAAAACUAAAAAAUGGAAUGGUAAGAAAAAACGUUUGAAAUCAGAUACGAGAAAUAGGGAAUCCAAAUGUGAAAUCACAGUUAGUAGAGAUGCGGCUAAAGAAGAUAAAAAAUCCAUAUCUUGUUUUAAAAUGAAGCACUCGGACGAUAAAUCACGUUCGGAGGACGACAAGAAGUCUGGAAGGGAAAAUUGCACAAAUGAAAACGCUAGCAAUUUAAUGAAUGCAGAGAAACCAGAUUUGAUCAAUCACUCGAGGAAGAACAGUAAAGAGAUAUUGGUUGAUGAGAGCACUAUGACGGACGAGUCCAUGUUGAAAGGCGAGGCUGUGGGAAAGACUGAUAGUGGUAUAGCAGUUAAAACAUAUGAGGUGAGUGUCAUUUAA